GAGAGGGUGUGUCAUAUAGUGAGUCCCGGGCCAGAACCAUAAAAAGCUGCUUUGCGCUCUGCUGAACUACCGACUCUGUGCUCCUGCUGCAGCUCAGGUCCACACCCGUCCGUCCGUUAUAGACCCAGAUCACAACCUCCGCGUUCAGGAUGGCAGCGCACCACCCAGAAUUUCAGCGAGCUGGACAGCAGCCAGGCCUCCAGGUGUGGAGGGUGGAGAACUUUGACCUGGUGCCUGUCCCUGAGAACCUGCACGGGGGAUUUUACACCGGAGAUGCUUACCUCAUCCUCAAUACUAUCAAACAGCGCUCCGGGAGCCUGCAGUACGACCUCCACUUCUGGUUGGGUGAUUUCUGCACCCAGGAUGAGAGCGGCUCAGCAGCCAUCUUUACGGUCCAAAUGGACGAUUUCCUUGGGGGGAAACCCAUCCAGUACCGUGAGGUGCAGGGACACGAGUCCAAAACCUUUCUGGGCUACUUCAAGUCUGGAAUCAAAUACAUGAAAGGAGGCGUGGCAUCUGGUUUCAAGCACGUUGUCACCAAUGAGGUGUCGGUGCAGCGAGUGCUCCAGAUUAAAGGACGCCGCGUGGUCAGGGCAACGGAGGUGCCGGUCAGCUGGGACAGCUUCAACACGGGAGACUGUUUCAUCCUGGACCUGGGAGAUGAGAUUUACCAGUGGUGUGGCUCCCAGAGCAACCGCUUUGAGAAGCUGAAGGCUACUCAGGUUGCCAAGGGGAUCCGUGAUAAUGAGCGCAGUGGGAGGUCUCGAGUUUAUGUCUGUGAUGAGGGGGUGGAGAGAGAGAAGAUGAUAGAGGUGUUAGGUCCCAAACCAGAUCUACCAGCUGGAGACUCGGAUGACAUCAAAACUGAUGCUUCAAACAGGAUGAGGGCUAAACUCUACAAGGUGUCCAAUGCUACCGGAGCCAUGUCGAUUACUCUCGUGGCAGCAGAGAACCCUUUCGCUCAGAGCACCCUGGAGUCUGGUGACUGCUUUAUCCUGGACCACGGCUCUGAUGGAAAGAUCUUUCUCUGGAAAGGCAAAGACGCCAACAUGGAAGAGCGGAAAGCAGCGAUGAAGGCAGCAGACGAAUUCAUCAAGAAGAUGGGUUACCCCAAACACACGCAGGUCCAGAUCCUGCCUGAGAUGGGUGAGACGCCGCUCUUCAAGCAGUUCUUCAAAGACUGGCGCGAUAAAGAUGAGACUGUGGGCCUGGGCGUGGCCUACAUCGCUAACAGCAUCGCAAAGAUUGAGAAGGUGCCUUUCGAUGCCGCCACCCUACAUGAAUCCUCCGCCAUGGCCGCCCAGCAUGGAAUGGUGGACGAUGGCAGCGGAGAGAAACAGAUCUGGCGUAUAGAGGGAUCUGACAAAGUCCCAGUGGAUCCAUCCACUUAUGGACAGUUCUAUGGAGGAGACAGCUACAUCAUCCUUUACAACUACUCUCAUGGAGGGCGCCAGGGACAUAUCAUCUACAUGUGGCAGGGAGCGGACUCCAGUCAGGAUGAAAUUGGGGCUUCUGCGAUCCUCGGCGCACAGCUGGAUGAAGAACUCGGCGGCGGUCCUGUGCAGCUUGUUGGUGCUCCUAUAACCAGUCAGGUGAGGGUGGUGCAGGGGAAAGAGCCGGCCCAUUUGAUGAGUCUGUUUGGAGGAAAGCCCAUGAUUGUGUACAAGGGAGGAACGUCCAGAGAAGGAGGUCAGUCCGCUCCAGCUGAGACUCGAUUCUUCCAGGUGCGCUCCAACUCUGCAGGACACACACGAGCUGUGGAGCUUGACGCGCAGGCAUCCAACCUAAACUCCAAUGAUGCUUUUAUUCUGGUGACCCCCGGCGACUCCUUCCUGUGGGUGGGAGUGGGUGCCAGCGACACAGAGAAGCAGGGAGCUCAACAGCUGUGUGACAUCCUGGGCGUGUCUGUCUCAGAGCUGUCCGAGGGAGGAGAGAGCGAUCAGUUCUGGGAGGCUCUGGGUGGAAAGACGGAGUAUCGCACCUCCACUAGACUCAAGGACAAGAUGGAUGCUCAUCCACCCCGUCUCUUUGCUUGUUCCAAUAAGACUGGAAACUUUAUAAUUGAGGAGGUACCAGGUGAGAUGACCCAAGAUGACCUUGCCACUGAUGAUGUCAUGAUCUUGGACACCUGGGAGCAGGUGUUUGUCUGGAUUGGAAAUGAGGCCCAAGAGGAGGAGAAGACUGAAGCUAUGGCAUCUGCGGUCCGUUACAUCAAGACAGAUCCGGCCAAGAGAGACCCGAGGACGCCCAUUGUCAAAAUCAAGCAGGGCUUCGAGCCGCCCACGUUCACUGGCUGGUUCCUGGGCUGGGACUACGACUACUGGACCACCGACCCUCUGGAGCGCGCUAUGGCUGAACUGAACAUCUGAACAUUCCCUUGUUCCCACCUCUCUGCCCUCACCUGUCACCAUGCAGCAAGAUUUUUUUUUUAAGCUACACAUGCCCUUUUCUUCUUUUUUUAACGAAUCACUGUUUUUUUUUUUUUCUUCACUUUGUCUCAAAUGCUACUGUUGUGCCUUGAAACCAGUGAAAUCAUCCAGUACAAAUAGAACUUCAACAGAUACUCAGGCUUUCCUUUAGGAUUUGCACUACAUAUAGCCUCAAACUACAACUCUCAUUCAAGGCGAUUUUCCCAUGUUUGACAAUAAAAACCUGUUUACUAGCAAAAUAUAACAAACAUAAAAGAAGACAGUUUAAAGUUUGGUUUUCCUGCAAUAUUACAAAAGCUACUGCCAAGAAAACAGCUUAUAAAAAGCAAUACAACCAAUGCCUUAGAAUGAUUUCCUUGAGCUUACAGUAAGCUUGUUUUUUAAAGGGUACUGUCUUUAUUGAUGUUUUUGUACCUUUAGAUGUUAUAUUUAUUUUAAAAUAACGCCACAGAUUCUCACCCAGGAAGCGUGUGUUCUGCUGCGUUGUCUUUUAGUGGGAAACCACUGCUUUGCUUCUUUAUUAGCUCCACUUUCUGUGGCAAUUUCUAAGGUUUCCUGUAAUCAAUUAAAUAAACCAAAUUAAAAUAUA